AUGGACAGCGGAGUCGGACGGACCCCUCCUCCUGCGGCGGCGGCGGACGCCGGCGACGAGCCACGGGACGCGCGUGUCGUGAAGGAGAUCUUGCGUUCGGUGGGGCUUGAGGAAGGGGAUUACGAGCCGGCGGUGGUCCACCAGUUCAUGAGGCUCGCCCACCGGUACACCGGCGACGUGCUCGGCGACGCGCUGGUCUACGCCGAUCACGCCGGCAGGGCGUCGCUCCAAGCAGAUGACGUCCACCUCGCCAUCCGCUCCAACGCCACGUUCGGCCACGAGCUGCCGGGCCGCGAGGUUUUUCUUGAAAUGGCUCAUAGCUUGAACAAAAACCCUAUACCCAAGCCCCCUCCCGGAUCAAUCCGUCUACCACAUGAUCAAGACAUGAUGCUGGGACAAAAAUACUUAUGCAUUCCACAAAUGAAGCCAUCGAUUGAUAAUGUUGAGGGAACCAAGAAUGACAACACCGUUGGUGUAGAAGAAGAUGUAGAACCUGACGAGGCAGUGCCUAUAAAUGAUGAUGAAGACGAGAUGAUGUUUCCUGAACUGGUCGAUGUAGCCAGUUAG